ACAACAACAACAACAUUGAUAAACAUAUUAUAUUUACCAAGAAACCAUGAUGAACACGACGACAUGGAUUUGGACAACAUUUGCAGUGGUCGCAGCCAUUUCUAUCUGCAACUCAUUUCUGAAGAGCCGAAGGAAAAGGCUGCCGCCCGGUCCCAGAAGGCUUCCAAUCUUGGGACACCUCCAUUUGUUGGGGAAAACCCCCCAUCAAGAUCUGCAAAAACUCGCCAAAAUCCAUGGUCCUAUCAUGCAUUUGCGGCUGGGUUUCGUCGACAACAUCAUCGUCUCGUCACCCCAAGCCGCCGAGCUGUUUCUCAAGACACACGAUCUCAAUUUCGCGUCCAGGCCACCUUCAGAGGCUGCAAAGUACAUUGUCUAUGGCCAGAAGGACAUGGUGUUUGGCGAAUACGGCCCGUUUUGGCGCAACAUGCGAAAGCUGUGCACUUUGGAGCUCCUUAGCAAUUCCAAGAUCAAUUCGUUUCAAUCCAUGAGACAAGAAGAGUUGUGUCUUCUCAUAGAAUCCUUCAAGCAAGCGGCUGGGAAAGGAGUGGCUGUUGAUUUGAGUGGCAAGGUUUCUUCCAUGAGCGCAGACAUGAGCUGUCGGAUGGUGUUUGGGAAGAAGUACGAGGAUAAUGACAUUGGUGAGAACGGGUUUAAGGCUGUGAUUCAAGAAACAGCUCAUCUAGCAGGUAUUCCUAAUCUUGGGGACUAUUUUCCUUAUUUUAGUAAGCUUGACUUUCAUGGAUUGACAACAAGGAUGAAGGCGGUUGCCAAGCUCUUUGACCAAUUCUUCGAGAGGAUCAUUGAUGAGCAUGAACAAGCUAAAAACCAAGGUACCACUCAAACCACAAAGGAUUUUGUUGAUAUAAUGCUGGAAAUCAAAAACUCUGGAGAAACUUCGUUUGAGUUCACGCGAGAACAUAUCAAAUCUAUGAUGGCCGAUUUGCUUGUAACUUCAAUGGACACAUCAUCAACAGCAAUAGAUUGGACAAUGUCUGAGCUUUUAAAACACCCAGAAAUAAUGAAGAAAGUGAAGGAGGAGAUAGAGAGACAAGUAGGGUAUGAUAGGAUGGUGGAAGAGGAGGAUUUGGAGCACUUUGAAUACUUAGAAAUGGUUAUAAAAGAAUCCUUAAGGUUGCAUUUGAGUGUGCCGUUACUCAUUCCUCAUGCAUCCAUAGAGGAUUGUAUAGUUGAUGGCUUUCAUAUACCUAAAAAUUCAAGAAUCAUUGUGAAUGCUUGGGCAAUUGCACGUGAUCCAAAUGUGUGGAGCAAUCCAGAGAAGUUCCUUCCGGAAAGAUUCAAGGGAAGUGAUAUUGAUUAUAGAGGCAAGCAUUUUGAGUAUCUCCCAUUUGGAUCAGGGAGGAGAAGUUGUCCUGGUAUGCAACUCGGAUUAACAACAAUUCGACUAGUAGUGGCACAAUUGAUACAUUGCUUUGAUUGGGACCUCCCAAAUGGGAUGCUACCUAAAGACUUGGACAUGAAUGUGCACUUUGGCACUGUUAUCAGUCGAGCUAAGAAUUUGAUAGCGGUUCCUAAAUAUCAAUUGUGUGUUUAACUUAAUUCUAUAAAUAAAUUCUUGUCAG